AUGCUUCAAAUCCUUCCUAGAUGUCGCCUGCAGCAGGUCUGGCAGGCGGCGGUAUUCUACUCUACAUUCCUUACAAAACACCUUACAUCCGCCGGAGGCGCCCUCGAAGAUACCCCAGCGAUGUACAGAGACCAAGCCCAAACGGUAGUCUGGCAUGGGAACCUCAUAGCAAUCGAGCACAACCCCGACUUUCAAUAUCUCGAUAGCGCAGCAAGUACCUAUCCCGAAUUCUGGGGAGGAUUCUGUCUCUACGAUGGUGCGCCACUAGAUUCCUCUGGGGUACACGAGCCUGUCGGUGUCCGCGAGAUUACGAAUCAAAAACUCAUCUGGGAGAUUAAUAACAAACCAAAGGACGAAUAUGAUCCCCGACGGUGGCGGGACGAAAUAAAAUGUCUUCCUGACCACGAUAACGACAAAAGUACCGCAGGAACUAUGUGGGGGUUCAUCGGAUCGGAAGGGAAAGAAGGAGAAAUGAUAAAUUACAAUCCCUUCGGAGUAGCACUUCACGACUACGGACUCGGACAACUUCAGAACAUGCGUACGAAACGAUGUCUAGCGAUAGUUCUAGAUACAGAUGCCGAUGAAGGAGAGAACAUCGAAACUGUAAAACACGCCAUCCGAUCCGAGGAGUGCGACUAUUCCGGUCAAGAUCCCAAACAACUCUGGAUGUUUUAUUUCACGGCUAAGGAUCAACCGUUCGGUCCGUUCGUGCCGGCGAUGUAUACGGGAGCAUGCUGGGGGCCUAAUAAUUACGACGAAAAGAAUAAUGCUACGAUGGUUAGAGCGGUUCCUGGGGCGGUUUAUAAGGAGUAUACCAUGCCGGAACAUUUGAGGCUUGUGGAUUCAAAAUAUGUGGCUUUAUCGACGUUUGAUAGGGACGACGGAGGUGGGAUUAGUCCUGUUGUUAGGUGUACGACGCAGAAAUGGUUUUUCAAUCCACCGUUUGAAGAUGGUGCGCCGACGGAGUUUAGGGAUGAUUCAAAGCCACCGUAUAGCGAGGUUCCGCCGGUGAAGGCUGGUUAA